CAGCCUUACCACUAUGUCACACACCCCAGAUGACUUUUGUGAUAAAUUAGGUCGACAGCGAACCAGUCAUGGCCAUUAUGAACAGCCCGAAGAUGCAAAAUUUCUUCGCCAGACAUAUUACUUCACCUACAACGAGUCUUGCAAGAGGGACAAAAGGAAGAUUAGAGGUCGCCUUCAACAGAUCCUGCGAUUAAGCGAAUAUAUCUGGGUUUCUGUGGCCAGAAGUUUUACGCCCACCCAUAUCGCAGGUCUAGGUGGUUUUGAUAUGUACUUGCGGGCAAUAGAGGCCUGGAUGACGACCUAUCCUAUCUCUGAAGACGAGGCACAGAGCGCUCGUGACAUAUUACAAAACCUAGGCAAUCAGCAUGACGAAAUAAUCAAUGAAGGGGAAAAUAUUAGGAGUAAAGUUCCCCGAAGAACUAUACCAGAGUCAAACUCUUUCUCUAUGAAAAAGGACAACACCAGUAUGCCAUGUUGUAUUAACGGCCGGCACCAAGUUCCGAUAUCAAUCGAUAUCAACCCAGGCGAUAGCCAAAGCGCGAAAGGCAUCCAAGACUUUCUUUUAUCUAUAGAGCAAGAGUGCUCGGACGCAGCAGGUGGCCCAAUCUACAUCUCAUCAGAAGACCAACUACAUAACGAACUGGGAGGCUUAUUCUCGAAACCCCUAUUUUGGCGAUCAUUUACCCGCAGAUACCCUCUCCCUGGUGACAUGCCUACCUCUAUACCUGAUUUUCUUGCGUUCCUCACACAUAUCAACGUCCAAAGUUUGGAGGCAAUCGACUACGUCAAAGAUGCAGAGACUCCCAAACAUAAUACCAUUGCUGAGAUAGCUCAGUAUUUCAACUCACCUCCAACAACUCGCUCGGCGUUGAAUUUCCUUGAUAUGAAGAAUGUUUUUCUUCCUUGUGUUCCGGUACCUGUGCGCCAAGCAGAUCUGCUGCGAACAGCAUAUCUACGCAAGAGGGGAUCAGUGUCCAAGUCCGUACCAAACAACAAUGCAAUGCCUCCAGGUCGAGAAUUUCUUCUCUUGUCUGGCCGCAACUCAGUGUCACCAAUCCAUGUUGAUACAGCUGGACAGUUAACUUGGAUUAUCGGAAUUUGCGGCCGCAAGGUCUGGUAUGUACCAAGUGGUGAUCUUAAAUUAGCUGCCAACCGACUUGCAACGGGUGGAAGCCAGUUUCCAGAGAAUUAUGAGGACGGAUGGAUGCGUAUUAUUAUUGAGCCUGGUGAUCUUCUUAUUAUGCCACCAGGCUGCCCACAUGCUGUGCUUACCCCAGAGGAUUCAUUUACUGCUGGCGGUAACUUUUUUACAAGCUCACAUCUUGGUACAACAAUCACCACUACUGCUUUGCAAGCACGCUACGGGUACACGUUUUGCAACGAGAAGCUAUCUUUACAGGAUUAUCUAGAUAUAGCGCUGGUUCUUGAGCAGUAUCAGGGAUUGUUCUCCAAUAAACACUUGGCACGGGUGGCCGCAAGCAAAGUGGACUGGGAAGCUGCAGAACCCCUUAACGCCAAUGUGGAAGCCACGCACAGGGAUGUUGCUGAAGAUACUGCCUCCAGCCUGGGAGGUGAAUGCCGUGCCGAAGGUGGCAAGGGUGGGAGCAGGACACGAGGCAAAUCUGUUAAGAGACAGGCCCCAAUCAACAACAAUGGCAACGAGGACAGAGAACUAGCGAAAAAACGCACGAUAUGGCUUCAGAUUCUUGGAUAUAUUCAACAGGCAAGUACGGAGCUUGAGAUGCGUCUGACAAAGGGUGACUCUUGAUAACUAGACUUAGUUUUCGGCGUAGAGCUCACAGCAGCUGGCAUCAGAAACUUUAUGUUACGUGCGGGCCUACUUAAAGAAUUUAAAACUCCUAUAAGUAUGGCUCUGGCCAGCUGAACAUUGAUUGAUUUCUCUUAUCUUCUAUCAUAGUCUUGUAGAAUAUCUUCUUUAAUACUCUUUACUUGAAGCCUUGACUAGAGCUAUUUGCUACCACUUGGCCCGUACGCUUUCAACAGGCCGAUAACGAGGGCUGUAUCCCAGCAUGGCUUCAGACGGAGUGAAUCCGUGGGCCAGAAUUUUCCUAGGAUUGAUUGGAAGAAAU